CCCCAUGCCCCCACCCAAACUCCUCUCCUCUUCCUGUGCAUAUGGAUAUGCAUAUAUAGCCAGCUGUGGAGACACAGUCGGUCUCUGUUCUGGACAGCUGUGUGUGUGUGUGUGUGGUGUGUGGUGUGGUUUGAUUGAUAGCCAGGUGGACUUCGGCGCGACAUUCCCAGAACAGCCUAACUCACCUCACCUUCACUCUCCCCGUGCCUCCCGUAGGCUGGCAGAGCGGCGGCAAUUCGUCCGACAUGGCAACGCGCUGGGGCAUCUGUGGAGCGGGGAAGAUCAGCCAUGACUGGAACGUGGCGAUGAAGACACUUCCUGCCGAGGAACACCAGGUUGUGGCUGUAGCUGCUAGAAGCCUGGAGCGUGCACAGGACUUUGCCAAAAAGCACAGCAUCCCCAAGGCUUAUGGUAGCUAUGAAGAGCUCGCCAAAGACCCUAACAUCGCGGGCCUUCCCCACUCUCUAGUAAUCGACUACGAGACCACUGAUUCAGUUAGACUCAGUCCAGCUCCUUUCACAGGAACCUCCUAUGUGCUGCCCUCUUACGUGCGCUCCCUCUUGUGGCAGGGCAUCUGGUCGCGCUGCUUCCCCGUGCAGAGGGAGGUGAGCCGGCUGCUGGCCGAGGAGGCGCUGGGGGAGGUGAAGGUGGUCAAGGCCUACUUCGGCUCCCCGCAGCUGCACAUCCCGCGCUCCGUGGAGAAGGAGCUGGGGGGAGGUGCCCUGCUGGACAUCGGCGUGUACUGCUUGCAGUUUGUGCUCUUGGCCUUCCAGGGGGAGAGGCCAGAGUCCAUCCACGCCACGGGACACCGCCUAGAGUCAGGGGUGGAUGAGGUCAUGUUUGUGGUGCUGAAGUUCUCCAGGAACCGCAUUGGCCUUUGCGGGUUCUCCAUUGGUGUUCCCCUGCCCAACGAUGCCACCAUCAGUGGCACAAAGGGAUCCAUCAGGAUCCCCUCUCCCAUGUGGUGCCCUUCAGCCCUGGUGGUGAAUGGGAAGGAGACGGAGUACCCGCUGCCUGAGCCCUGCAUGCCCAUGAACUUCACCAACAGUACCGGCCUACGCUACGAGGCCCAGGAGGUGCGCCAGUGUCUGCUCAAAGGAUUGAAGGAGAGCAUCAGGAUGCCUUUGGCUGAUUCCGCCCUUCUGACAGAGGUCAUGGACGAGGCCAGAAGACAAGUGGGAGUGGUCUUCAGCCAAGACAGCCAAUGACCACUUGGUGACUUUAGCAUUUCCUGACAACUGAAUGAUAUUGCCUGGUGUGAAACAUCCAGCUGUUAUCAGGCCUUGUCCAAUGAUGAGUGGAACCAUGUCCGGUGAUGGGUGUGAUUUUGUACUGUCGUGAUUUAUGCUAAUGUCAGAUACAUGAGAAGCAGCUUGAAUAAAUCAUUCAAACCUCAAUCCUGACCAUCAAGUAUUUGGUACAAGAAUGUACCAAUCCCCUGUUCUGUUUGUACAUGUAGAUAUUUCUGCAGCCGUAGAAAGCUGAUAGUACAGUAGAUGACUAUUCUGAUUGUACUGAUAAGUAGCCUACUGAUAGAUGUCUAUCUUAAUAUCUGUUCUGUAAGUUGCU